GGGCAUUCCCGGCUGCAUUCCCCUUGGUACUGCCGCCGGCAUUCCCCGUCGCCAUGGAGCUGUCCUGCCAGGCGCUCAGAACCACCUACCAGGCGAGAGAAGCGGCUACAUUUAGAUGCUGUUUACAGCAAUAAAGAGAAUAUUACAUUUGAUCUAGAGUUCUGUCUUAAUUCACAGGAGGAGAUGAGAACAGAAGCUCGUCGGAAAAAUCUCCUCAUUCUAAUUUUGCAUUAUUUAAUGGAGGAAGGAUAUGUCGAUGCUGCAAAUGCUUUGGAACAAGAGACGAAAUUAAGUUUACGUGGCUUUGAAGUUUGUGACAACGUUGAUCUUGAGACAAUUUUGAUGGAAUAUGAAAGCUAUUACUUUGUAAAAUUUCAAAAGUAUCCUAAAAUUACCAAAAAGGUCCUGGACACCGCAGAAAAUAAACAACAGCUGCGAACUGGGGGAAGAGCAAGAAGGGCAGCAAGCUCUUCUCAAAAUAUUCCAAGGCUCAAGCAACAGACAGUGCAACAACCAGCGUCAAAAACUUCUGGGAGCACAACAGAACCUAAAUCAUCUGCCAAGGAGAGCCCCAGACAGAAUAGUGACAGUGCAGUUACUCCAGACCAAUCUGGCUUUGGCUUAAGCAUCUCAGCAAUCAGCAAACCUGGAGGAGACAGCCCUCACCCUAGAAAGGUUGGUGGAAACCUGGGCCAAGUAAUUGACUUCCAUGGGAUGAUCCAGGAUGCUGUCAGAAUGUCACCAAAUGAAAUUGCCUUGAACAGCCUUAAUUAUGAUCCAGAUCCCUCAGAACGAUUAUUGAAACCCCUUAGUGCUUUUAUUGGCAUGACUGGUGAGAUGAGGGAACUUGCAAUGGUUGUAAGCAAAGACAUUUAUCUCCAUAAGCCCAACGUGAAGUGGGAUGAUAUUAUAGGACUGGACGCAGCUAAAAGGCUGGUCAAGGAAGCAGUUGUUUAUCCCAUAAAGUACCCAGAGCUGUUUACUGGCAUUCUGUCCCCUUGGAAAGGAUUAUUGCUCUAUGGACCACCAGGUACUGGAAAAACUUUGCUUGCUAAGGCUGUUGCCACAGAAUGCAAUACAACCUUUUUCAACAUAUCAGCAUCCACCAUUGUCAGCAAAUGGAGAGGUGAUUCAGAAAAACUUGUCCGGGUGUUGUUUGAGCUCGCCCGGUACCACGCUCCUUCCACAAUUUUCUUGGAUGAGCUGGAGUCAGUGAUGAGUCAAAGAGGCACUGCUCCUGGUGGUGAACAUGAAGGAAGUCGGCGGAUGAAAACAGAAUUACUGGUGCAGAUGGAUGGCUUGGCCCGAUCUGAUGAUCUUGUAUUUGUUUUAGCAGCUUCCAAUCUGCCAUGGGAGUUGGACUCUGCCAUGCUGCGGAGGCUGGAGAAGAGGAUUCUGGUGGACCUGCCCAGUAAAGAGGCACGGCAGGUGAUGAUCCAGCACUGGCUGCCCCCUCUGAGCAACAGCGGGGGUGUGAAGCUGAGGACGGAUCUGGAUUACAGCUUGCUGAGCCAGGAAACAGACGGAUACUCCGGCUCAGACAUAAAACUCGUGUGCAAGGAAGCCGCCAUGAGACCAGUGAGGAAAAUAUUUGAUGCUCUUGAAAAUCAUCAGCCAGGUAACAGUAAGCUGCCCGUGAUCCAACUGGACACGAUCACAACAGCUGAUUUCCUGGAUGUGAUCACCCACACCAAGCCAUCAGCAAAGAAUCUAAGCCGGAAGUACAUGGCUUGGCAGAGGGAAUUUGAGUCGGUUUGACAGAAAACACACCCAAAACUUCCAAGACUUCCAAAGUGGCAUGUCCUUGCUCCAAAGGAUCAGAUGGUGAUGGGGAAGGAAAUGCUGUUGUCUCAGGGAAGAGAAAGCAGUGACAAGUGUCAGAGGGAAAUCUUUACUUCCAAAAUUUAAGGGUGGGUGAAAGAGUGGUGGUUAUUCUUUAUUAACCAUUUUAAUGACCAUUCAAAAAACAUUCUUCGUGGAAUUAAUGUAAUGGCAGCUCCUAUGCAACAAAGCCUCCAGCCUUAAUUUUA